UAGCCGUUAGCAUCCAGUCGGACCGACAACACGGAAACGAGCCCGGCUCGGACUCUCCUGCUACGGGACGUCUUUUGUGCUUCCAGCGCGCCUCUACCCGCCUCCCUCCGCACUCCCGGUUCCUCCUGGUUCUUCCCGGCUCCUCCUCCGUCCUCCUGGUUCCGGACCGGCAGUUAAACCCGAAACAUGUCGGCGGUGCAGCGGAUGAAAGUGGCGAACGAGCGGCACAGCAAGACGAUCACACAGCGGGGACACGUCCAGAAGACAUCGCGACCAGUAAAUGACGAUAAAUCUCCGGUGGGCCCGUGGCUGCUCGCGCUCUUCGUCUUCGUGGUUUGUGGUUCAGCCAUCUUCCAGAUCAUCCAGAGCAUCAGGCAGGGCAUGUGAUGACCUCUGACCUCGGAGCUGAGCCUGUCGCAUGGAAAGGGCGGGGCACGUUGCCUUCAUGGCCCCGCCCAUCACACACAUACACACACACACACACACACACACACACACACACACACACACACACACACACACACACACACUGGUCUGUCUGUGUUUGUUAGGAACCUCAGUGACUUCAACCUGAUUCCAACCUGAACCCUGGAACCAAGUCUGUUCAUGUCCCCACAUUGCAGCCGUGUCCCCACAUGGCGGUCGUGUCCCCACAUUGCAGCUGUGUCCCCACGCAGUGGUCGUGUCCCCACAAUACAGUCGUGUCCCAACAUUGCGGUCAUGUCCCCACAUUGUGAUCAUGUCCCCACACGUCUGUCGUGUCCUUACACAGCUGUCGUGUCCUGACACAGCGAUUGCAUCCCCACAUUGCGGUUGUGUCCCCACACUGCGGUCGUGUCCCCACACUGCGGUCGUGUCCCCACACGGCGGUCGUGUCUCCACACUGCGGUCGUGUCCUUACAUGGCUGUCGUGUCCCCACAUUGCAGUCGUGUCCCCACACGGCGGUCGUCUCCCACAAGUUGGUUGUGUCCCGACACGGCAGUCGUGUCCCCACACGGCGGUCGUGUCCCCACACGGCGGUCGUCUCCAACAAGUUGGUCGUGUCCCCACACGGCGGUCGUCUCCAACAAGUUGGUCGUGUCCCCACACGGCGGUCGUCUCCAACAAGUUGGUCGUGUCCCCACACGGCGGUCGUGUCCCCACACGGGGGUCGUGUCCCCACACGGCGGUCAUCUCCCACAAGUUGGUCGUGUCCCCACACGGCGGUCGUCUCCAACAAGUUGGUCGUGUCCCCACACGGCGGUCGUGUCCCCACACGGCUGUCGUCUCCCACAAGUUGGUCGUGUCCCCACACGGCGGUCGUCUCCCAGAAGUUGUCGUGUCCCCACACAGCGGUCAUAUCCCCACACUGCGGUCAUGUUCCAACACGGCGGUCGUGUCCCCACAAACACAGACAUAAACACACUCGUUCCUGUGGCGUUUGAACUGGUUUCUGUUCGACUGUAAGCCAACCUCUCUGCAGUACAUCACUGUUUGUUUGUUUACUUAUUCAGUGUCGAUGAAGCUGAUCAGUUAUUGAUUAUUAGUUAUUGAUUGCUGUCCGAUGAAGUCUUAACCCUUCCUGCUGUCGUCUGUGGUUUACAGGGACACGCUGCUGUCGGCCGUUAGCGGUCAGUCCUCUGUCAGGCUCAUUAUUUAAUCAUAUUUAUGGAGAAGUUUUGCUGUAAAUGAUCUUUGAAGAGACAAAACAAAUGUUUCAGCAAAGGAACAAAUGAAAACUUUAUGCUGCUAAAAACAGGUUAAGAAUUGAAAUAUAAUUUGACAGUUUCUGUGAGCGUAUUUUUAAGACCACUUUGAAAGUCUGAUAGAGACGAUUAGUUUGUUUUCUAAUGAAUAUGUGUAGAACCAUCUGUUUUCUGUUAGAACGAUGGAUGUUUGGGAUUUAAAAUGUGACAAAUGAUUGAUGUUUCAGUCAAAUGUCUUUGUUUAUUAUCACAGAAAGCUGAAGGAGCUGUUCAGGUGGAUUUUUGCUUUAAAAUGCUUCAACAACGUGAAUGAACUUCCAGCCCUGACGCUGUAGAAACGGACCUUUAGAGCAGGUCCAUGUUGUGAAGUUUUAGUGAAUGAAUCAGUGGAAGGUGGUUCAUGUUUGGAGGAAACGGCAGCGUGCUCCUUUAAACCCACUGAUCGUUGGAGCAGCAGCAGACGCCACAUCUCAAGUUGUUUUUGCUGUAAAAUGAUUGAAGGAGUCAUGUUGGUGUGAAGCAGUCGGAGGCUCCACGCUCCGCUUUUAUACAAAAUAAACCUCAGAUAUUUUCUCUA